CGCAAUUAAUCGGGGGUUUCCCUAAAACCAAUCUUUUUCCGUGAGAUAAUCGAAUUUAAUUCGUCGAUUUUUCUGGCUAAGAUCUGUGAGUGGCAAUUCAAAAGUUUCGCAAGAAAUCUCGAUGAUGCUUGAGACGUGGAGCGAUGGUAUAUAAAAUUAAGCCACAGUUAAGUGUAUGUGUUAAACCGGAAAAGAUGGGCAAGUGGAAGACUUUACCAGAAUUACCUUGCGAAUACAAUGUGAAUGGUGAUGUCGUGUCCUCCUCGGGGAGUAUGAUUGUUGUGGCCAAUCGCCUUCCAUUCGUUUUACAGAAGAAAGAUGGUAAACUAGUUAGAAAAGCAAGUGCUGGAGGUCUCGUGACAGCAGUAGCACCAGUAGUAAUAAAAGGAAAUGGAUUGUGGGUGGGUUGGCCUGGAAUUCAUCUGGAUGAUCCUAACACACCAAUUCCAGAAUCAGAUCCAAACGAUAUGUCACCAACAGCCGGUUUGAAAUCAAAUAAAGUCGUAGUAGUUAGAAUAGAACCUAAAAUGUUUGACUCAUACUAUAACGGAUGUUGUAACGCAACUUUUUGGCCAUUAUUCCAUUCAAUGCCUGACCGAGCAUCUUUUCAACUCGAACAUUGGAAAAAUUAUAUAACAGCAAAUAAAACAUUUGCCGAUUGUGCCAUUAUAGCUUUAAGAUCUUUAAUGAAUGAACCUCAAAAAGGUGGAGCCCCAUUAGUAUGGGUGCACGAUUAUCAUCUUAUGUUGGCAGCAAACUGGAUUCGGCAAACUGUUGACGAUGAAAACAUUCCAUGUAAAUUGGGAUUUUUCCUUCACAUUCCUUUUCCACCAUGGGAUAUUUAUCGAUUACUCCCCUGGUCUGACGAAAUACUUCAAGGCAUACUUGGCUGUGAUAUGGUGGGUUUUCACAUCACCGAUUACUGCUUAAAUUUCGUUGAUUGUUGUCAAAGAAAUUUAGGGUGUCGUGUAGACAGAAAGAAUUUGUUAGUUGAACAUGGAGGGCGAACAGUGCGAGUUAGACCAUUACCUAUUGGUAUACCUUAUGAUAGAUUUGUGGAACUCGCGACAAAAGCACCUCCACUGUUACCUUCUAAUCCGAAAAUAAUCUUAGGGGUCGAUAGAUUAGAUUACACUAAGGGAUUGGUGCAUAGAUUCAAAAUGUUCGAAAAAUUAUUAGAAAAACAUCCAGAACAUAAAGAAAAAGUAACUUUUUUACAAAUUGCUGUACCAUCAAGAACGGAUGUAAAAGAAUAUCAAGAUUUAAAAGAAGAAAUGGAUCAAUUAGUUGGCAGGAUUAAUGGAAAGUUUACCACACCAAACUGGUCACCGAUUAAAUAUAUAUACGGUUCAGUUAAUCAAGGCGAAUUAGCCGCGUUUUAUAGAGAUGCCGCUGUCGGUGUGGUAACACCUUUAAGAGAUGGAAUGAAUCUAGUUGCAAAGGAGUUUGUCGCUUGUCAAAUUAAGAAUCCUCCGGGAGUUCUCGUGGUUUCACCAUUUGCUGGUGCCGGUGAAACCAUGCACGAGGCAUUAGUUUGUAAUCCGUACGAAGUAGAUAGUGCUGCAGAAGUGAUUCAUAGAGCACUAACGAUGCCCGAAGACGAACGUUUACUCCGCAUGAAUUAUUUAAGACGUAGGGAAAAGCUGAACGAUGUUAAUUAUUGGACGAAAUCUUUUCUUUCCGCUAUGGGAUCAUUGGAAACUCAACAAGAUCACGAUGAUAUUGGUGCUGUCACCAUGCCUGCCGUUACUUUAGAUGAUUUUGAUGAAUAUUUGUCAAAGUAUAUUGGAGAUUCUCAUAAAUUAGCUUUGUUAUUGGAUUAUGAUGGUACAUUAGCUCCGAUAGCUCCACAUCCAGAUCUUGCUGUAAUUCCACCGGAAACAAAAAAUAUCUUACUAAGAUUAUCUAACAGUUCAGAUAUUUAUAUCGCUGUUAUAUCGGGAAGGAACGUUGAUAACGUUAAAAAAAUGGUUGGUAUCGAUGGAAUAACAUACGCCGGUAGUCACGGAUUAGAAAUUUUACAUCCAGAUGGUACAAAAUUCGUGCAUCCAUUGCCGGCACAGUUUCAAGGAAAAGUGGAGGGGUUAUUGAAAAAUUUACAAAAACAAGUUUGCAAAGAGGGUGCUUGGGUUGAAAACAAAGGUGCUUUAUUAACUUUCCACUACAGAGAAACACCGGUCAAAAAGAGACCGCCAUUAGUUGAACAAGCACGAAAAUUAAUAGAAGAAGCUGGGUUUCAAGCCACCAGUGCUCAUUGUGCGAUUGAAGCUAAACCACCAGUUCAAUGGAAUAAAGGCAGAGCUUCUAUUUAUAUAUUAAGAACUGCAUUUGGAGUAGAUUGGUGUGAAAGGGUUCGAAUCAUUUAUGUUGGAGAUGAUGUUACCGAUGAAGAUGCAAUGCAAGCAUUAAAAGGGAUGGCAGCAACAUUUAGAGUUACCUCAUCUCAAAUAACAAAAACGUCUGCUGAAAGAAGACUUCCAAGUACAGAUUCGGUAUUGACAAUGUUAAGAUGGGUUGAACGUCAUCUGAGUAGAAGAAAGCCCACUCCAAUCGAAAAGAAUAAUUAUCACAAUUACCGAAGAAAUUCUAGAACAAAACCUGACGCUGUUCAAAUGGAAGUAUGUUUUACUGAGCCAGAAUUUAAUUCUAAAGACAGUGAUAUGAAACUUAAACGUGAGAAUGAUUCAAAUCAAUCUGAAAAUGAUAAAACAGGAAAGUAAUAUUUCGUAGUUUAAGGGUAACAAUGUUUCUCAUCGGUACGUCUAUUUUAAAUUAAGUCCCAAUUUAUAUAACAUAAAAUAAAGACCAAAAUGAAGUUUGAAAUAAUAUGAUAAAAUUUUUUUUUAAUAAUAAUAUGUUUAUAUUUUCGUAUUUAAGUGUUAUUAGAGAUUUUUAAGGUGGAAAUAAAGUGAUAUUUUGCAACAGAA